AUGAACAACAAAUAUGGUGCAGACGAUGCUCUCGAACACCAGGGUGUUCUUGUUGCGCUUGUCAGCUCCUUAUCAUCUCCCCGCCUCAAUACUCGAAAGCUUGUCAGCGAAGUUCUUACUUUCCUAUCCCACUGGGCCGAUGGAGAGGGUCAUCAAAAGGUCCUCCAGGCCAUGGAUAAGGUUAAACAUGAUCACAACGAAACAGGUCGUUUCGAUGCCUGGAUGCGAAUCGUGGAAGUCACUAUCGAUGGCCGUGGCAAGAUGGGCAGCUUGGUUGGUGCUAGCGAAGAAUACCGCAGUGGUGGAAUUGGCAUGGAGAAUCUUCUGAUGGAGUAUGCUGUGUCCACCAUGAUGCUCAUCAACAUGCUGGUAGAUGGCGCCGAGACCGAUCUGCAGUUGAGAUGCCAUAUUCGAGCCCAAUUCAUCUCAUGUGGUGUUAAACGUCUUCUGACGAAGAUGGAAGGGUUCCAAUAUGAGGCAAUUGACAAGCAGAUUGAGCGUUUCCGGGAGAAUGAGGCUAUCGACUAUGAGGACUUACUGCAGCGGGAGGGCAGUAGCACGAAGGAUAGCGUUGAAGGCGAAGUUAAGGACAUGAGUGAUCCUCUCCAAAUUGCAGAUGCAAUCGCAACCAAGAUCAAUGGUACUCGAACCCAUGACUACUUCUUGUCUGCGAUGCAGCAUAUGCUGUUAAUCCGCGAGAACUCUGGCGAGGAGGGAUUGCGCAUGUUCCAGCUUGUAGAUGCUAUGAUGAGCUAUGUUGCCAUGGAUCGGAGGCUUCCGGACCUUGAUCUACGACAAGGUUUGAAUUUCACCGUACAAAGCCUUUUGGACCGACUCCAUACAGAUGCUGAAGCAAGACGAGUGUAUGAUGAGUCCCUCGAGGCUCGCCAAAUCGCCGAGGCGGCCAUUGCUGAGCGCGAUGAGAUGAAAGCUCAAGUUGAGCUUGGUGCUGAUGGAUUGGUCAAGAAGCUGCAGAAGCAGAUUGAAGAGCAAGCCGGCAUUAUUGAGCUCCAAACACGCCAAAAUGAAUCCAUGAAGGCUGAAGUCGGAGAGGUUCAGCGAUUGCGUGCUCAGGAGUUGCAGCGAAAUGAACUUGAGACCCGAGAACUAUAUCUCAUGCUUCGGGAUGCUCAGGAUAUUGCUGCUUCGAAUGCUCGCAAGAUUGCUCAGGCUGGUGAAGCUGAUCCAUCACAGAUAGCGCAGAUGCCUGGCAUCAUGGACCGGGAACGUCUCAUGGAACGACUUGAGCGCCAGCUGGAGAGAACCAAAACCCAAUUCAAGCUGGAAGGGAAGGUUUGGGGUCAGCAUGGCCCGUCCGAUCGUCUGCGCGAGCUUCGUGAGCAGAUGGACGAUACAGGAGAUGCUAGCGAAGAAUUUGCCGAGCAGACUCGCCGCACCCUGGACUCUAGCUCUCUGGGCUCUGCUUAUCGCAAGCGAAGCCAUGUUCCUGAAAUGGAUCUCAACGGUAAUACCGUGCCAACUAUAGUGGAGGAGGGCGAAGAGGGGGCUGCGCACUACCAGCCUCGUAGUAUGAUGGAUUUCCAGCGUCCUCGUAUGAACCCUGCUCAAGCAACUGGCUUAUUGGGCGAAUUGGCUCUGAAGGUGCCCAAGUACGACGAUGGUUCAGAGUCAACCGGUACCGCUGGCGAGUCUGCCGAAGCCAUUGCUCCAGAUGCUACUGGCGAUAUCACUCCGACGGAAGCUCCCAAAGCCGAGAACCAGCCAAAGCUUAUGGUACCGCCUCCGCCUCCACCUCCGCCAGGUGGUGCGAAGGCAGGAGUUGCUGGUCUUCCACUGCCUCCUCCCCCUCCUCCUCCCUCUGUUGGCGCUACAUCUGGGGUUCCUUUUCCUCCACCCCCACCCCCAGGAGGCAACAAAGCUUUGGUACCGCCUCCUCCACCUCCUCCAGGCGGUGCAAAGGGGGAUUCCCCCACCACCCCCACCACCUGGUGGCUCCAAAUCUGGGAUUCCUCCCCCUCCGCCUCCCCCAGGAGGAGCCAAGGUUGGUGGACCUCCCCCCUCCGCCUCCCCCGGGAGGAGCCAGGAGUGGUGCUCCACCGCCGCCGCCGCCGCCAGGUGCUGGUGGCUUUGCACCGCCACCACCUCCUCCGCCCAGCGCUGCCAUGGGUUCUGGCUGGCGACCCAAAUACAUGGCUGGCGAUGCUGGUCCAGCUACCACUCACAUGCCAUUUAUCCGUCCUAAGAAGAAACUCAAGGCUUUGCACUGGGACAAGGUGGAUACUCCUCAAGUGA